AUGGGGAAGGACCGGAGUUUCUCCCGGCAUUUUCGGAUUUUCAUCCCCAAGAAGCACCGGCAGCUUGACGAGGUGGUGUCGCAGAGCCUCAUCAGCAAACUGUGCCGCUCCAAGAGCGAGCACAGCAACCGCCUGCGCCGCAGCCGCAGCGAGGACCACCAGGAGCGGCUGCUCGUGUCCACCCGCGCCAGCUCCGUGCCCCGCAGCCACGAGGAGCUCAGCAAGAGCCUGCGCAAAACCACCUCGCUCAUCACCAGCAAUGUGGCCUCGGGGGCCGCCCGCAGAACUGUGCGGGUUUAUAAAGGCAACAGGAGCUUUGGCUUCACGCUCCGUGGCCAUGCCCCGGUGUGGAUCGAGUCUGUCCUGCCAGGGAGCCCGGCGGAGAAGGCUGCUCUCAAAGCUGGAGACAGGAUCCUGUUCCUCAACGGCCUGGACAUGAGGAACUGCUCCCACGACAAGGUGGUGUCGAUGCUGCAGGGCAGCGGGGCCAUGCCCACCUUGGUGGUGGAAGAGGGCAUCGUCAACUUCUCCAACGACUCUGACUCUGCUGAGCCCCCGAGCAGCUCCUCGGCCCUCACCUCCCUGCAGUGGGUUGCAGAGAUUCUCCCCUCUAGCAUCAAGAUCCAAGGAAGGACGUUCACGCAGCAGCUGGAGCACCUGCUGACCCCGCCCGAGCGUUUCACCGUCUGCAAGGCGCUGGAGGGCUUCUUCCAACACCGGAACAUCGACACCCUCAUUGUGGAUGUGUACCCGGUGCUGGACACACCGGCCAAGCAAGUCCUCUGGCAGUUUAUCUACCAGCUGCUGACCUACGAGGAGCAGGAGCACUGCCAGCAAAAGAUUGACAGGUUUCUGGGGUUCAAGGCCUCGGCAGGUGAGAGGACGUCCCUGCGCUCCAGGACGGACACACGGUGUCCUGACGGGUGCUGGGGGCUCCGUCCGUUGUGCUGGAGUGGUUUUGGAACGGAGCUGCAGUGGGAGGAGAGAUGGAACCUGAGAAGGUGGCCCUGGGAGCAAUUUGGGAAGCUGCUCGGGUCGUUAGAGGUGAGGAGGUGCAGGAAGGGAGCCUGGUUGGAGGGCAGCAUUCAGCACAAAGCCAGCGCCGAGGCAGAGGCCGAGGAUCGGUACCGCAGCUCCGUCCGAGGGGCCUCCCUGUGCCGGGGCAGCCUCCGGACCCCCCGCCCUGAGGAGGGGGCAGCAGGCAGCGACACCGUGGAGGUCCCCGUUCGCCUGAUCCCUGGAGAGAGACAGGCUGGCGAUGGCACGUCCCUGCCGGAGACACCCAACCCCAAAAUGAUGUCGGCUGUCUACGCAGAGCUGGAGAAUCGCCUGAUCGGCGGCUUUGCUGGCAAGAUGGGCAGCGCUGCCCUGCGCAGGACCUCGCCCCCCGGCCCGGAGCUGCCGCACGCCGCAGGUGGCCGCAAGCCGGGGCUGGCGUGGCCGAGCGAGCCGCUGGCGAGCCAGCCCUGCUACUACCGCCUGCACAGCAGCGUGGCCUCGCCGUGCAGCACCGAGUCCAACCCCUACGUCAGCCUGGACAGCAGCCCGGCCCCGUCGCCCAAGCGCCGCCAGUACUCGCCGCUGUCGCGACGGAAGAAGCUCUUCACCUUCUCCAGGCCCCCGCGCAGCCGCGACACCGACCGGUUCCUGGACGCGCUCAGCGAGCAGCUGGGACACCGCGUCACCAUCGUGGAUGAUUUCCUCACCCCUGAGAAUGACUACGAGGAGAUGAGUUUCCAGGAUGACCAGGGCAGCUACGUCACCAACGAUGUCAGCAGCAGCGAGUACAUCAGCAGCAGCGACGAGGGCAGCUCCCUGACCUACUCCACGCUCUCGGACCACAUCCCCCCGCCUCCGCUCAGCCCCCCGCCCCCGCCGCCGCCGCUGCAGUUCCACGACCCCCAGAGCGGCCCCGCCAAGGCCGAGGCGGCCAAGGGCAGCGCGGCCGCAGCCCCCAAGUCGCUGGUCAGCCACCUGCACCCCAUCCCUCCGCCGCCGCCGCCGCCGCCGCCGCCGCCCGUGCCCUGCGCUCCCCCCCUGCACCGCGGGCUGCUGCACCGCAGGAGCGAGUCCAACCACAUGAGCGUCAAGAGGCUGCGCUGGGAGCAGGUGGAGAACUCGGAGGGGACCAUCUGGGGACAGCUCGGGGAAGACUCCGAUUACGACAAGCUGAGUGAUAUGGUCAAAUACCUCGACCUGGAGCUGCACUUUGGGACUCAGAAGCCCACGAAGCCAACUCUCAUGCCUGAAAACUUUAAAAAGAAAGACGUGGUUGAAAUUUUGUCCCACAAAAAGGCCUACAACACAUCCAUCCUGAUCGCCCACCUGAAGCUGUCGCACAUGGAGCUGCGGCAGAUCCUGAUGACGAUGGAGACGGAUCGCCUGGAGCCGUCCCACAUCAAGCAGCUCCUGCUCUACGCCCCGGACGGGGAGGAGGUGCAGCGCUUCCAGAGCUACAAGGAGAACCCGGGCAAGCUGAGCGAGCCCGACCAGUUCGUGCUGCAGAUGCUGUCGGUACCCGAGUACAAGAUCCGCCUGCGCAGCCUGCACUUCAAGAGCACCCUGCAGGAGAAGACCGAGGAGAUCAAAGCCAGCUACGAGUGCAUCUGCAAGGCCUCCCUGGAGCUGAAAAGCAGCAAGAAGCUGGCGAAGAUCCUGGAGUUCGUGCUGGCCAUGGGAAACUACCUGAACAACGGGCAGCCCAAGACCAGCAAAACAACGGGCUUUAAAAUCAAUUUCCUCACCGAGCUGAACACCACCAAGACUGUCGAUGGGAAAUCCACCUUCCUGCACAUUCUUGCCAAAUCCCUCAGCCAACACUUCCCAGAGCUCCUGGGCUUUGCCAAGGAUCUUCCGACAGUGCCGCUCGCUGCCAAAGUGAACCAGAGGACGCUGACAGCCGACCUGAAGGACCUGCACACCACGGUGAGCGACAUCCAGAAGGCCUGUCACAGCAUGCCCGCCACCGCCGAGGACAGGUUCGCCAUCGUCAUGACCUCCUUCCUGGAGAGCGCCCAGCCCGCCAUGCGCUCCCUGGACGACCUGCAGCACAGGGCCAUGGAGGAGUUCAGCAAGGUGCUCUCCUUCUUUGGGGAGGACUCAAAAAUGACGACUUCCGAAGCCUUCUUUGGCAUUUUUGCGGAAUUCAUGAGCAAGUUUGAGCGGGCUCUCAGUGACGUGCAGGUGGGCGAGAGCCAGCGCAGCCCCAGGAUGACCUCCCCCCUCGCCUGGUGACGGCCCGAGGCCACCUGAGGUGCGGCAAUUCCUUGCCAACAAAGUGCAAUUUCCUCCUGUCCAGUCUGGUUGUAAAUACGCUGCUGCCACCUGCCACCACCCAGCAGAGUCGGGGACAGAGGCGUCGGGGCAGGUGGGCACAGGGAAGGCACCGCAGGUGGCAGAGGAUGGCGUGAGGGUGACACGAGGAUAAACCCUGCACUGGUCCUGACAGAGCCUCCUUAGCACCCUCCGCUUCCAGGGGAUCACUGAGCAGGGGUUUGGCAUCCAUCCGGUGAAACCCCACUGUCCCACGUUUCCCAAACACCUGUAACUGGCACCAGCAGCCGCUGGAGAUCUUCUGCACAUCCCCACAUUCUCACAUUCCCCACAUCCUCACAUCCUCACAUUCCCCACAUCCUCACGUCCUCCCAUCCCUGGAUCCCCACAUCCUCACAUCCCCGCAUCCCCACAUUUACUGGAGACCUUCUGCACAUCCCCACAUCCCUGGAUCCCCACAUCCUCACAUCCCUGGAUCCCCACAUCCUCACAUCCUCACAUCCCUGGAUCCCCACAUCCUCACAUCCCUGGAUCCCCACAUUCUCACAUUCCCCACGUCCCCACAUCCUCACAUCCCUGGAUCCCCACAUCCUCACAUCCCCACAUCCCCACAUUUACUGGAGACCUUCUGCACAUCCCCACAUCCCUGGAUCCCCAGGUCCCCACAUUCCCACGUCCUCACAGCCUCUGCCCGAGCGAGGGGGGCUCUGCCCAGGCCCCCUGGGGUGGGGAGAGCCCAGCCAGAGCCUCUGGGGAGCCCGAGCAGGUCAGGGAAGGGAGCACGGGGGGAUGAGCAGGAGGGCAGCCACCUCAGCUCCUGAGUCCUCCGCGGUCCCUGUCCGAGCCCUUCUGCCCCAGGGCAGAGCACGUGGGGCUGGAGCUGCCCCUGAGCAGAGACCACCGGAGGAGCCCGGGGAGCUCAGUUCCCUUGCGCUGCCAGGCGGUGGCUACGGAAAGCAGAGGGACCUCGCAGAGCUCUCCUGGCACACCCGUGCGGCCCCAAGGACGGAUCCGGUCUGACCCUUCCCAGCUCACGGGUCCUUCCUGGCCCUCAGCUCCGCUUCAGGCUGUGCCAGAGGCUGACGGAUCUUGAAACCCUCCCAAGAGCGUAACACCAUCAGCACGAGGCUCUCGGAGCUGGCCAGCGGACAGCCCCGAGCGUUUUGAUGCCUCCUUGGAAAGCACAGAACCCCUGAGAGCCUGACAUGAGCAGGAGUCCCCUGCAGCCCCGUGUGCUGCUCCGAGGCAGGGGCAGAGGGAAACGCAUCCCCUGCCCCGCUCCGGCCCCGAGUUCUGAGAGCCCCGGCGCUGUGGCAGUUUGCUUUGCUGGUUUUCAUGGGGAAUAAAUAUCCCAGGGAACUCCAGAAGUGUCCAUGGCCACCUCCCGGUGCACACCCACCUCCCACCAUGCACACCCACCCUGCACACCCACGUCCCACCCUGCACACCCACCUUCCAGUGUGCACACCCACCUCCCACCCUGCACACCCACCCUGCACACCCACCUUCCAGUGUGCACACACACCUCCCACCCUGCACACCCACCCUGCACACCCACCUUCCAGUGUGCACACACACCUCCCACCCUGCACACCCACCCUGCACACCCACCUCCCACCCUGCACACCCACCUUCCAGUGUGCACACACACCUCCCACCCUGCACACCCACCUUCCAGUGUGCAUCUGUCGCUAGAGGACACAAAAAGAACCACAACCACGCAGUUUGUAGUCAGAGCAAAAAGAAGGGAAGUUUAUUUUCCACCUCGAUUUUAUAUAGCUCCUGGACAAUGACCAGGGAUUGGAGAACGAUGUUGACACCUCUCCACCCCACUGGCCAAACUGGGAGUCCACCAACAGUCCAUCCUCGGAGAGGAAUGCGAAAACAAUCUCCCUGUUUAUGUGACAAACUGUGAGAAACUCCACUGCAAAAAUGCAAACAAUCAGAAGGCUGAAAAGAGUAUGGCAACACACACACACACACCCCCUGCACACACACACACACACACACCCUGCACACACACACACACCUCCCACUCUGCACACACACCCUGCACACACACCCUGCACACACACCUCCCACUCUGCACACACACCCUGCACACACACCCUGCACACACACCCUGCACACACACCCUGCACACACACCCUGCACAC